AUGGCAUCCCGAACAGCAGGUUCGUCUCACGGCCUGAACCCACCCAAACGCACUCUCUUGGAUGACAGCGAUUGCGACUCGGAAGCUGGUGGUGCUCAAUUAGAAGAAAGCGACUUCAGGGUCAAUGAGGAGUAUGCACGUCGCUUUGAGCAUAAUAAGAAACGGGAAGAGAGACACAAGCUCGAGGAAAAGUUCAAGGGCAGUGGCAAGGACCAGGACGACGACGAAGACGACGAAUCAUCAUCGUCUAAUGAAACCGAAGAUGAAGACGGCUUUCUAGCUACCGAAGACUUGGACGCCCAGAUCUCUGCCACGCUACAUGCCAUCAGAAACAAAGACCCGCGGUUGUAUGACAAAGAUUACAAGUUCAUCAACCUUGCGGAUGAGGACACGGCGGGGAGCAAGGAAAAGAAAGAAACCCCCGUGUUUCUGCGAGACUAUCAGCGGCAAAAGCUUCUGCAAGGGGAUGCAGGCGCCUCCGACGACGACGACGAAGACCCUGUUCAGCAGACCUAUGCCGAGGAGCAGGAAGCCCUCAGGAAGAGGAUUGUAUCGGAGAUGAAUGCUUCCGGAGCGGUGGAUGGCUCUGACGGCUCCGACGACUCUGACGACGAUGAUUUCAUGAAGAAGAAGGCGCCCGCCAAAGUGGAAAAGACCGAAAACGGCGUCCACCCUUCGCGAGCGCCUGCUCUGAAAAUUUCCAACCUAGACGUAACCAAUGCCGACAGGGACCCCGAAACAUAUCUCUCCAACUUCCUAUCCGCCAGAGCUUGGAUACCAGAGGAAGGGGGUCGCUGGAAAGCCUUUGAAUCAGACGAAGGAGAGGACGAUGACCGGGCCGAUGAGUUCGAACAGGCUUACAACAUGCGAUUCGAGGACCCGGAAAAGAGCAACGAAGUCCUCCAGUCCUACGCUCGUGAUUUUGCCGCUGCGCGAUCGGUCAGGAGAGAGGAAAAGACCGGCAGACAACGCCAAAGAGAAUUAGAAAAGGAAAAGAAGGAGGCGGAAGCGCGCCAGAGACGCGAAGCCAAGGCCCGUCUGCGCAAACUCAAACUCGAAGAGACGGAGGAGAAACUCCGCAAGGUCAAGCAAGCGGCCGGCGCGGUGGGCAAGGAGUUGUCAGAGCAGGAGUGGAUGAAGUUUCUCGACGAAGCCUGGGAAAACGACAAGUGGGAGGAGGAAAUGCAGAAGCGGUUUGGCGACGAAUAUUACGCCAUGGAAGACGACGCCGCUGCGGCAUCCGAUGACGAGGAUGAUGACAACGGCGAGAAGAGGAAGAGGAAGAAGAAAAAACACCCCAAGAAGCCCAAGUGGGACGACGACAUUGACAUCAAAGACCUCGUCCCUGACUUUGAAGACGACAACUGGGCCAAACGCCCCGUGACUCUUGGCGGCGACGACGACGACGACGACGACGACGGCGACAUCGACGGCGACAACGACGGCGACAACGACGGCAACAACGACGGCGACAACGAAACCCAAGACCCUGACGCGGCCCCUUCCAAAAAGCGGAAAACAUUGCAAGGCAAGCGCGCCAGACUUGAAUCCCAAAAACAAGCCCGCAAGGAGCGUUCCAAGCUGGAGGCCCUUGUCGACUCCAAGCUCGAACUCGACAACCAUGAACUCCUCGGCUCCAAGUCCGAAAUGGCCUUUCGGUACCGAGAAACAUCCCCGCAGGCCUUUGGCAUGACGGCUCGCGAUAUCCUGCUCGCCCCCUCGGACAAGGAUCUAAACGAGUUCUUCGGCCUCAAAAAACUCGCGACCUUUAGGGAUGCCGAGAAGAAGCGUCGGGACAAGAAGCGUCUUGGUAAGAAGGCCCGCCUCAGAGAGUGGCGAAGAAGCACGUUUGGAAAGGAAUUUGAAAAGGAGGGACCUACGUACGGGUUCGAGAGAGCCAUGGGUGAGGAGGACGCUGUCAUGGACGAGGCGCCCGGCAAACCCGCUGUGGAUGGGUCUGGGCACGUUCUUCCAGAGGUUGGUGCGAGAAGGAAGAAGAGAAAGAGGUCCAAGGGUAAGAAGAAGGGCGGUGCUGAAGAAGACGAGUAG